AUGGAAGAUCUCUGCAAACCGUCGAUGAAAUUCUUCACCGAUCAAGAAAUCUGUUACGCCGAUAUCCUCACUCCUUCAGAGGUUCGAGCGAGAAUCGAAGUAGCGAUGCUAAAUUUUCUUAAGAUUUUGACUUCUCCUGAUCCCGCUAUCUCAGAUCUCCCUUUGGUAAAUAGAAAAACGAGUAAUCGGCGAGUAAGUCGAGGAGUAUUGACAGAUGAUUCAUCGAUUUUCCUCUCCCGUUCAUUUUGUACAAGGUCUUUAAUGAGAGCUAAUGCAGCUAAAGCAUUUAUUAGAGUGUGGAAGGUGAUGGAGAUGUGCUUUAAGAUUUUGUUACAAGAAAAGCGGACAACGCAGCGUGAGCUGUUUUAUAAGUUGCUUUGCGAUUCGCCAGAUUAUUUCUCGUCUCAAUUGCAGGUUAAUCGGACAAUCCAAGAUGUUGUAAGUUUGCUUCGGUGCAGUCGUUAUAGUCUUGGAAUCAUGGCAUCCAGUAGAGGAAUUGUUGCUGGCCGCUUGUUGUUGCAGGAGCCAGACAAAGAGGUUGUUGAUUGUUCUGAAUGUGGAUCUUCUGGGUAUGCAAUUUCUGGGGACUUGAAUUUGUUGGACAGAUUGGUUAUGAAGACAGAUGCCCGCUACAUUAUUAUUGUGGAGAAGCAUGCGAUAUUCCAGCGAUUGGCUGAGGAUCGUGUAUUCAAUCAGAUUCCAAGCAUUCUUAUUACAGCCAAAGGAUACCCAGAUAUAGCCACAAGGUUUCUUCUUCACCGAAUGAGCCAGAAUUUUCCCGAGUUGCCAAUCAUGGCACUGGUUGACUGGAAUCCAGCUGGAUUAGCUAUACUAUGCACCUUCAAGUUCGGAAGCAUAGGAAUGGGUCUCGAGGCCUACAGAUAUUCAUGCAAUGUGAAGUGGCUUGGACUGCGAGGUCAUGAUCUUCAGCUAAUACCUGAAGAAUCCUUAGUCCCAUUGAAGCCAAGAGAUUUGCAGAUAGCUGAAAGUUUGAUGUCCUCAGAAAUUUUGCAGGAGAAACAUAGAGAAGAAUUGGCGUUGAUGGUUCAGAGUGGCAAAAGAGCAGAAAUCGAAGCUUUAUACUUCCAUGGAUACGAUAAUUUGGGUAAGUACAUGGCUAAGAAAAUCGUACAAGCCAACUACAUCUAA